AUGGGGUCGGUGGCACAUGGCGAUGAAGUGAUCACUACGUAUAGUAUGCAUGUAUCGUCCAAGUACCUGGAACUCACUCGAAAGAAACUCGAAUUAACACGUCUGCCACGGGAGUUGGAGUUGCCUGAGGAGCGCAUGUGGGAGCAUGGUACACCGAAGCGUGUUCUUGAACCUUUGUUGGAUUUCUGGCUAGAAACCUACGACUGGCGCGCCGCCGAAUCCCGCUUCAAUUCCCUCCUCCCCCAGUUCCGCACAACAAUCCGUACAACGUCACCGUCAGGAACGCAAUCUCUUCGCAUGCACUUUGUACACAAGCGGUCGACGAGACCGGGCGCUAUUCCACUGCUACUGGCACAUACGUGGCCCUCAUCAUUCAUAGAGGUCCAACGCAUCAUCAAUGCGCUGACAGAACCGCAGUACGUACCUGAUAUGGGUGGUGCGAUACCCCAAGCAUUCCAUGUUGUGGCGCCGAGUAUACCUGGUUUUGGGUUUAGCGAUGCGAGUAUGCAGGAAGGGUUUGGGCUGGAGGGCACGGCUGAGGUGUUUUGGGAGUUGAUGGGGAGAUUGGGGUAUAGCGAGUUUGUUGCGCAUGGGAUGGGGUGCAUUUGUCGGGUUCUGGCGAUACGGUAUCCGAAAUCUUGUCUUGCGGUGCAUACAGUCAAUCCAGCGUUCAAGGCGCCAACAUGUAGACGGAGUCCGCUGCAGUAUUUCAAGUGGCGGAUUGCAGAGUUGACGCAGGCAAAGGUGCCGUUGUUGAGCUUUGGGUAUGUUGGUAGCGAUGUCGAACCACAAUCUGGACAGCGGAGGGAGGACUUGGGGAAGCAGAAUGAGAUGGGUAGUAGUCAACCGCUGGGACCGGCACUGCAUCGUCUCUACUCACUUCGGCCACAGACACUGGCGUUUUCACUAUGUGACUCGCCUGUCGGACUGCUUGCAGCACUCUUGGAUGUCAUACAUACACGAGAUGUUGCUCCACGCCCAUUUUCGGGCAGACCGAGGAGCCCGUUCCUUUCGCCGGUUGAGCUGGAGAUGCAGCAAAGUGAUGAGGAGCAAGUCGAAAGCGACGGCAAGAGAUAUACAUGGAGUCCGACCGAGGUGCUAAAUUUUACAAUGUUGCAGUGGCUGCCAGGACCUGAAGCGGCGCUUCGCUGGCUGCGCCGUGCAUACAUGGACACAAUGGCUCCAUGGUACUCCAAUUAUGUACCGACACCACUUGGAGUAUCGACAUUUCUUCCGCACAAUAGCAAUUCGUCUGCACCUCUGAUGUGGGGGACUAGCUUCUGGGACAUGUCGUGGGUCAAGCGACACAACGGACGAUCCGCAAUGCUACCAGGAUUCGAGACGCCCGACACGCUAGUUCUUGAUUUGCGGGAGUGUUUCAGCAGCAUGGUGGAGAAGGGACGGAUCAUAUUCAAAGUACCAGAAGGGGUAGGUGAGGUAGUAAGAGGUGUGGAUUGA